AUUGUGGUGCUGAGGUUUUUGCGAAGCAAAAAUGUCUGUCUGCAUAAGGUUAACUCGCAAGUGACAUAUAGGGGAUAUUUAGCUAAAUAUUACAACCCAAACCACUAUUUUGCAGUAUUUGAGACGCGUUACAGGAAAACGAAGCUCCAUACUACCACACCCGAUCGCCCUAGUUGGAAUUUUAAAGGGGAAAAGGUAAAAUAUUGUAGUGAGUUUGUCAAAAAAGGUUUCGGACUGGGUGAAAGAAGUUGGGAUACAAGAGACUGGAGCUGGUAUGGAGUAAAGGGUCUAAAGAUUGGCAGGAUGAAUCCUCAACAGCGGAUUGCCGCAAUCGGCACAGACAAGGAAUUGAGUGACUUGCUGGAUUUUAGCGCGAUGUUUUCUCCACCUGUAAAUAGUGGGAAAAACCGACCAACCACUCUUGGAAGCAGCCAGUUCAGUGCACCAGGUAUGGAUGAGAGGCCGAGCCAGGCAUCGUCCUCCUGGGCCCCAGGUGGCCAGUCGUCCAGUCCCUCCUACGAGUCCUCCAGGGGUUUGGCAGACAGCCCUCAUUAUGGUGAUCACAUGAGUGGCAGUCGAUUAGUGUCCCAUGAAGGAUUGUCCCAGACACCUUUUAUGAACUCCAGCUUAAUGGGUAAAUCAGCAGAGAGGGCUCAAUUUCCACCCUAUGGGAGAGAGCCUGGCGUGUCUGGCUGCCAGGCCAAUCUGCGGCCGGACAUUGGUCUGGUAAGUCCUGGGCCUGUGACCACAUCGGUGAAAACGGCCUCUCCCUUCUACCCUCCCUUCACCGGGGCCAACCCCAGAAGACGCCCCCUACCGGAACCUACUCCCAUUGAUCCUCUACAAACAAAGAAAGUUCGCAAGGUCCCUCCUGGUCUGCCUUCAUCUGUGUAUGCCCCGUCUCCCAACACAGAAGACUUCAACAGAGAUUCUCCCUCCUACUCAUCUCCCAAACCCCCCAGCAGUAUGUUUGCAACCACUUUCUUUGAUGGGUCCCACAACUCUUCUGAUCCGUGGAAUUCCUCCAAUGGGAUCAACCAGCCUAGUUAUGGAGGAAUGCUGGGAGGAUCUUCAUCUCACAUGCCGCAGUCAGGAAAUUACGUCAACAUGCACUCACAUGACCGCCUGAAUUACCCUCCACACUCUGUAUCGCCGACAGACAUCCAUGCCAGUCUUCCUCCAAUGUCCAGCUUCCACCGUAGCAACGCCAGCACUUCACCAUUCGUUAACCCAACACACACCCCGCCCGUCAACACCACCGACGGGGUCAUGGUUGCUGCAAAUCGGGGGAAUGCCACUGGAAGCCAGCAGACUGGAGAUGCACUGGGCAAAGCUUUGGCUUCGAUUUACUCACCUGACCACACCAGCAGUAGUUUUCCAUCCAACCCCUCCACCCCUGUAGGAUCUCCGUCGCCCCUGACUGGCACAGCAGGUGCUGCUGCCUCAGCAGGUAACAACCAAUGGUCGCGUGGUACAGCCGGACAGAGCCCCUCCUCCCCCAACUAUGAGAACUCCCUGCACUCACUGUCUCGGAUGGAGGAUCGCCUGGACAGACUGGAUGAUGCCAUCCUCGUCCUGCGGAACCAUGCCGUGGGCUCCACCACCAGUCUGCCCAGCGACAUACACAGCCUGCUGGGACAGAACGGGCCAAUUGCAACCCUCGGAGCAAACUUCCCUGCCGCCGGAUUGGUUGCUAGUCGGACAGCAGCAAUGGGUGGUUCUCACCGGGAUGAGGCUGGCAGUUUGAUCAACAGUCACGGAGGGCCGCCCAGCGUGGGCUCCAUGUCCAACAUGUCCAGCAUGUCCACCGCUGAACUCAACCACCAAGUGGAAACCUUCAGAGGUCUGGCUGCAGGUCUGGCUGGUCAGGUGGCUGCAGCCCUGGAGCUGAAGGUAGAGAACCAGGACAGAGACGACAUGCAUGAUGGCCACUCCUCCGACGACCUCGGCUCUGGAGACGAAAGCGACAAGAGAGACAUCAAGACUCCCAGAGGAGGCACAAGGACAAGCAGCAUCAAUGAGGAUGAUGACAACCUGAACCCAGAGCAGAAGGCUGAGCGGGAGCGCGAGAGGAGGAUGGCCAACAACGCCCGCGAACGCCUGAGGGUGCGAGACAUCAAUGAGGCUUUCAAGGAGCUGGGCCGCAUGGUUCAGCUGCACCUGAAGAGCGAGAAGCCCCAGACCAAGCUGCUCAUCCUGCACCAGGCUGUGGCCGUCAUACUGAGCCUGGAGCAACAAGUCAGAGAGCGGAAUCUGAACCCCAAAGCAGCCUGCCUUAAGAGGAGGGAAGAGGAGAAGGUGUCUGGCCAUGGGAUCUCUGGGGACCAGCAGGCCCACCAUGGGGUCCACCCCGGCCUCACCGACACAUCCAACCCCAUGGGCCGACUCUGAGGAGCACACAGAUCAACAUGAUCCAGAUCAAUUCUGUAAGAUAGAGAUGGUGCCCUUGCUUCCCAAUGGCAGACAGGACUCACAGUUUGUGACACAAAUUGGAGGCGACAGACCACUUGAAGCUAAACCCCAGACUAACGCAAUCCUUAGAUUGAAGAAAAGCCCAGUGUCCAGGUCCCUGUGAUGACAUCCAACAUAUUUCUGCCCACGAGAAAACUUCAGCACAUAUCACUGUCUGCAAGCAGCGUGUCGCAUCUGAACAAUCAGAGACUGUCGCGAUCUCCUCCACCCUCCCAUGUGGAAGUUUGCCUUGUGCCUAAACUGAAUUGACGAAUGCAUUGUAACAGCAAUUAUGUUUAUUUGUUUUGUAUUAUUUUUUUAUAUUUAUUAUGUUACUGAGCUGUAAAGUAUAUGUCUAAAGGGAAAGUUAUGAAUAUGCUUUAAGAAGCCUGUGGCUUUUCAGUUGAUCUACAGUUUGCCAGUGUCACUAGUAUUGCCCAGCCCUUCUCCCUAGCCAGUCUCGGGCUAGCCUGAGCUAAGAUUAAGAUACUCAGGCUCCUGAGAAAGAUACAAAUUAAUAUAUUCGGCAAUUUAAAGUGAUCUUUAGGGCCCAACUAAAAAUAAUUUGGCGGUAUUUAGUACUAAAAGACUUAAGCAUCCCAUUUAGAAAAAGGACAUAUAUUAUUUAUAUUUUAUUCAUGCCGCAAUGAACAGCAUGUUUAAACCAAAACGACCUGCUCAUGUGUCCGUUUGGUAUAGCUCAGUCUUCAUGUUACUGACAUAAUUAGAGGAAGAGGAUUAGACAUGAGUGGUGGGUAUGAGCCCAGCUAAAUAGUGUUCCACACAUACACUAGCCUGAACACUAUAAACUCUGUGUCACAGGUGACAGAAGAAUGGCAAACUCUAGUUUCCCUGAAAGGUCAACUAAAGACUUAUAAGGUGUUUAUUAUCAGGAGUGAGCAGUUCAAAUACAGAAAGCAAACCAUUUACAAACCUUAGCAUUCCCUGCAUAUUUCUUAGUGUCUUAACUAAAGGAAAAGGGACUUCACUGCCUUUUCAUUCCUAUGCCAUAUAGUGUUAAAUGUAAACAAUGACAUAUUUCUGAUAAUGCAGUUUGCUUUCUAUUAUUACAGUAUGGUCUCUGGUUAGUUGAACAGCCGUGGUCAUGCUCUUUGUAAUAGCCUAGCACUGUCUUAUCAAAGAUUGCUUAGUGAAAAAGUAGAAUCAAAACGACGACCACAAUAUCACCUGGCCUGAAUUACAUUUUCACAUAACUUUUUUUUUGUUAAAAAUAACUAAAGAAAAAAAAGUUAAAAAAAAAAAACAUUAUUCAAAGUUAUCAAAAGUUAUAUGUUUUUUAUUUGUAAUUGUAUACAAAUAAUUUCUCUAGGCUUCAUAGUAAAGCAUAUGAUGUCAAGCGUGAAAUAGCAGAGAGGAGUUCUAAGUUAUUUAGAAUGGCUUUGUUUUGAUCCAAGCAGUGAAGUUACUGGUGAAGGAAAGGGAAGGGGGAGCUUUAAGAGUUCACAUUCUGUUAAACAUCACAAGCAGCUGGUCCUUCAGAUAGGUAUAGUAUAAUGAUGAACAAACGCGGUUUUGAGCAGAUUUUUUUUAAUGUUUCAGGAUGAAGAACAAUGGUCACCACUUACAUUUUUAUCUGUGCGCAUGCUUUACUUUCUUUAAAAAAAGUAUUUUGGUCUUAACUCCUGGUUUUUAUUCCAUUUGUUUCCUUGUAUACUGUCUUCCAUUAUUAUCCACCUUUAAAACAAGGCUGCCACAUCCAGAGACAAGUAGCCUAUUCUGUGAAAAUAUAGUCAUAGAACGAAGGAUGCCAUUGAGAACCACUCCAAGGAGUUUCUACAUUUUUGGGGGGAUUUUACAAUCAUUUUCUUUUUGUGAUAAACUUGGAAACGUAUUGUCGUGUUUUCUCUGACUGUAUGUGGCCUUGUUCAUCAUUUCAGUAUUCAUGAGCUUGUAUUCAUGUUACUGGCAGACUCUGAUUGAGGUUAUAAUGUAUGUCACUGCCUGCUCUCUCAUUUCCCCCGUCAUUUUCUAAUGUUCUGCUGUCUGUCUCUUUGCUCCUAUGUUAGACUUUUCUGUAUUCCCAGCUGAUUUUCCUCGUAUAAUAUAUGAAAAAAUAACAAAAAUAAGAUUUUAAAAAACAAACAUUUGGCUUAUUUUUCACUGUAGUUAUUAGUCUUUUAUACAAUAAUAUUGUAAGAACAUUUCUUGAAUUCUAAAUUUUACUCUUUCUAGAUUUUUUAAAUCGAAAGUUUUGAGUAAAAAGUUUCUUACUUUAUUUUACUAUAUUAGAUAGUAAAAUGUAUGGUUAUUUACCAUAACCUGACCAUUAUUAUCCGAAACAUACAAGUAGCCUCCUAAAACAUAGUAGGAUUGUAGCUGGCAGUCUAGUACAUUGAGGUAUUGUACAAGCUCAAAUGUUAUGACGGUGUGCUCUCCAUCUUGAUCUUCAGUCUCCAUUGUUGGUGGAUAAAAGAUAUGUACUUCUGUCCAAAAAGUCUAGGUAUUGUUGAUGCACAUCAAAAACUAGCAGCAAGAAAUCUAACUAUCUGUCUCUGUAACAGAAAACACAGCAUGUAAAUAACAUUUAUGUAGCAAUAAAUGUGCCAUCUUUUUUUAACACAAUUGUGGAUAUAUUUCGUUCUUUGGACGUCAUCUUUAUUUUCUGUUUCUCCACCUUUCAUUUUUCAGUUAUUUACAUUCACUUUCGAAUUGUGUGAUUGUUUUAUGAAAUGAUGUGCUGGUGGUGCAUUUGGUUGAGCUCAAUACAAGUACAGUCCCAUGAUGUGUUCACUCAAGUGAGCUACUGACGCAACAACCCUUCCCUGGUUUUCCCCCUCAGAAGACUUUUCUACAGUGGAUCUUAGCCAAAUGAGGAACUCUGUGCAAGAGUGUGUUUUAUAGUAUGUUACUAAUUUUUAAAACAAUAUCAGUGGACCAUUGUAGUCUGUAUGGAAUAUAUGUUUCUAUUUUUAAUAAAGUGUGAUAGCAGCAUA